AUGCUCACCUUCACCGAGCUGUCGUGCCCGGCGGGCGGCGGCGGCGGCGGCGAGGACGCGCCCCGCUCCGUCGACUCGCAGCUCUGGCUGGCCUGCGCGGGGAGCAUGUGCACCGUGCCGCCCGUCGGCGCCGCCGUCUACUACUUCCCGCAGGGCCACGCCGAGCAGGCCGCCGGCGCCGUCGACCUGUCCGCCGCGCGCGUCCCGGCCCUCCUCCCCUGCCGCGUCUCCGCCGUGCGCUUCAUGGCCGACCCGCACAGCGACGAGGUCUUCGCCAAGAUCCGCCUCGUCCCGCUCCGCCAGGGCGACCCGGCGGUCGACGUGGGCGACGCCGCCGCCGAAGGGAGGGCGCAGGACGACCGCCCCAAGCCGGCGUCCUUCGCCAAGACGCUCACGCAGUCCGACGCCAACAACGGCGGCGGCUUCUCGGUCCCACGCUUCUGCGCCGAGACCAUCUUCCCGCCGCUCGACUACAGCUCGGAGCCGCCCGUGCAGAACAUCUUCGUCAAGGACGUGCACGGGGACGAGUUCAAGUUCCGCCACAUCUACCGGGGCACCCCGCGCCGCCACCUGCUCACCACCGGCUGGAGCAACUUCGUGAACCAGAAGAAGCUCCUCGCCGGCGACUCCAUCGUCUUCCUGCGCAGCGAGGGCGGCGACGUCCACGUCGGCAUCCGCCGCGCCAAGCGCGUCUUCUGCGACGAGGGCCACUCCGGGUGGGACCACUACAGGGGCCUGAUGCGCGGCAAUGCCAGCUCCGGCGACGCCACCGCCAAGGGGAAGGUCCCCGCCGAGGACGUGGUCGCGGCGGCGAGGCUGGCCGCCGCCGGGCAGCCGUUCGAGGUGGUGUACUACCCGCGGGCGAGCACCCCGGAGUUCUGCGUGCGCGCGGGCGCGGUCAGGGCGGCCAUGCAGGUGCAGUGGUGCCCCGGCAUGCGCUUCAAGAUGGCGUUCGAGACCGAGGACUCUUCGCGGAUCAGCUGGUUCAUGGGCACCGUCGCCGGCAUCCACGCCGCGGACCCCAGCCGGUGGCCGCAGUCGCCCUGGCGGCUCCUCCAGGUACGCCACACUCUGGAGAUUCUCUUGAACGAACUGGCUUCCAGACCAUCAACCACAUGGCAACUCUCAAUGCCAUGGGACCAUUGGCAUAUGGCAUAUGGUACCACUAACAAAUCGAUGAUUGAUAGUAAUUCCUCCAUGAAUCCGCAGGUGACCUGGGACGAGCCGGAGCUGCUCCAGAACGUGAAGCGCGUGUGCCCGUGGCUGGUGGAGCUCGUGUCGAGCAUGCCCAACCUCCACCUGCCGUCCUUCUCGCCGCCGCGCAAGAAGCCGCGGAUCCCGUCCUACGCCGACUUCCCCUUCGAGGGGCAGCUCUUCCACCCGCCGCCGCCGCCGUUCCCGCCCAACCACCACCACCAGCAGCAGGACCAUCUCCUGCACCACAGCUUCCCAUUCUUCCCCUUCCCGGACAGCAAUGGUGCUCCUCUCGCAGGGAUACAGGGAGCCAGGCAUGCGCAAUUCGGUCCGUCCUUUUCGGAUCUCCACCUCAGCAACCUGCAGUCGAGCCUGCUCUACGCGGGCGGCGUCCGCCGCCCCGCCGCCGACCACGUCGCUCCUCGCGCACCAAGAACGAUCAGCACCGACCUGACGAUCGGCACCUCGCCCGCCCGCGAAGACGACGGCAUCACGACGCGCACUCCGACAAAGAAGGCCGGCGACGUCGUCAAGCCGGCGCCGACCCUGCUGCUCUUCGGGCAGGCGAUACUGACCGAGGAGCAGAUGAAAUCCAGCAGCGCCGGCGGCGAGGCAGCCACCUCGCCGGUAGCCGGCGGGUGCGGCUCGCCCAACUGGGACGCGGAGAAGGCGCCCAACCUCUCGGAAGGGUCCGGCUCGGGCUCGGGCGUGAUCCAGGGCAGCCCAAGCAACAACAACACGUCCUCCUGGAGGCUGCAGUGGUUCGGGGACAGCAGCAGCCAGGCGGCGCCGGAGCUGCUGGGGCUGGAGGCCGGGCAGUGCAAGGUGUUCGUGGAGUCGGACGCCGUGGGGCGCAACCUGGACCUCUCGGCGCUGGGGUCGUUCGAGGAGCUGUACAGCCGCAUGUCCGAGAUGUUCGGCAUGGAGUGCGCUGAACUGAGGAACCACGUGCUCUACCGCAGCGCCGCCGGCGAGGUGAAGCACAUCGGCGAUGAGCCUUUCAGCGCGUUCGUGAAAUCGGCCCGGAGGCUGACGAUCCUGACCGACGCCGGCAGCGACAACAUAGGGGGCUGA